UUAGUUAUCCAGGCCCCAGUAGCCCACACAAAUAAAAAUGAAGACAUAUGUGAGUAUAUAUGUCAUACAACUGUAAUAAUAAAUAAGAAAAUCAUUUUGCUCAUUGCAACUUAGAGAAGGAACUACACAACAAAAACCUCCGCUUGGUCCUCGGAAGAGAAAGGAAUCCUUGGCAGCGUUUUGGUGUCACUUCGUUUCAUUCUCAUUUUCAGCUUCCUCGUUUGUUCUGUUUUGUCGUUCUUUCCCUAGAUUACUCGAUCGAUCUUUACAUUCCAAUGGCAACAGUUUCCGACAGUAAUGACAACUAUCCUGCACCGGAAAACCCUAACAAAACCCUAGACCCCACCUUACCAGAUCCAGUCGUUGUCGCCACUGAGGCUGCCGACGAUACCGACGCCACGGAGGCUGCCGACGAUACCAACGCCACGGAGGCUGCCGAAGCCAAAACUUCUCCGCCGCCCGAAACCGGAAACGAUGCUCCGGUCUCCGAGAAAGAGAAGUGCAAUUCCCGAGCCGAAAGGUUUGGCACUGGGCCCGCUUGGCAUGGAUCAGAGCCCUCAAAGACUGAGGAGUUAAAGAGGAAGGCAGUAUUUUCCGAACGAAAUUUUGAAAUGGAGGGCAGAGGAAUUAAGCAGGAGUCAAAUAAUUCAGAAGUUGGGGUUUACGAGGUACCUGGAGAACCUGCUAUUGUAAUUGAUGGGGUGCCUGACAUAAUCCCUAGUGACUGCUCUAUUGCUCUCCGUGAUGGUCCGAGCAAAAUAGAAACAAAUGUGGGUUCAGGUUUGGGUGAAUGGUUUGAAGGGAGGGAAGUGAGAAAGUGGUUUAUGGGAAGAUAUUACUCAGGUAGAGUAACUGAUUACGACAAAGAUUCUCGGUGGUACAGGGUACACUAUGAAGAUGGGGACUCAGAAGAUCUUGAUUGGCAGGAGUUGGAAGAGGUGCUUCUUCCUUUGGAUGUUACAGUUCCUCUGAAGUCAUUAGCAGAGGAGGUUGUGAGGAGAGGCAAGAUAUCUGCUCCUAAGUCUUUUAAGAAUGUAGAUCAUUCACAAAAUCCCCAUAUCAAAAGAAAGACCUCAAAAGGACACUAGAAAAAGGUUUUUUGUUUAAAAUUUAGGGAUUUCUAUUGUAGAUAUCAAUUACAAGAGAAGAGACCCAAUCCUAAAACGUAGUCCGGAAUUUCAUUUUCGGUACACACACCUCUAGGCUCUAUUCCUCACCCUGUAAGUUAUUUUCGGAUCCGGAGGUGGGUAGCAGAUUUGCAUUUUAGGGUUUUUUUAAUAUAAAGGUAAAAUGGGAGUUUAAAUUCUACGGGGUUGUGGAGAGAAGGAAUUAAGGAGGUAGAUGCUGUGCAAGUAAAUGGGAAAGGGAAAAUUAGGAGUCACUUUAUUAUUGAUUCAUUCAUUGAUUCAAAGGUAAAAUGAGUAUUUUAUAAAAAUGGGGUGCAUGAAAAAAAAUGGGCUGCAGGUAGUAGCAGCCACCCAUAUAUUGUCUA